AGUGCUCGUCGUGAAGUCGGCGAAGAAAGACGUUAAGUGAUAAUCCCAAACAAGUGAACGGCCAUGUGCGCACGUGUAGCCGUGGGCGUGGUAGCAUGGGCACUUCUAGCCGCCCACGCCUUGGUCGAGGCUAGCGGGGGCUACGACUGCGGCUACAAGACUGUGUGGCUCGACAAGACUGAAUAUAGGCCUGUGCCGCAAUACGUGGGCGGGAAAUCGGUUCGCAAUGACUACGAGCCAGUAUACUUAACCACGACGGUCCUUAACAAGCAGUCUGUACCUUACUUCAUCACCCAGACGCAGAAUGUUCCCCAAUUCGUGACGAAGAAAGCGACUUUGCCGCAAUACAUCACUCACACCGUCAUCAACACCCACCCAAAAUACGUCACCGUCACGGAGAAGUCUUACGUCACAGUCUACGCCACGAGGACACGCAAGAUCUACGAGACAGUGUGUCCCAAGGGAUACGGACACGGCGGCGGCGGGGGAUACGGACACCACUGAGGAUCACGUGAUUACGGAAAGUUUCUGUGUUGUUGAUGUUGUUGAUCAUUCAUACUUUAAGGGAUGUCAGCUGAUUGUUAUUGUGAUACUGUCGAGCAGGUGAUAUUUUUAGUCAUUUCAGUUUUGUUUAAGGAAUAUCAUUUUCAUGCUAUACGGUGAUACUAUAUCAACCAUUCAUAGAUGAAGAAUAUUAUUUGUAUUUUCCUUUUCUCUCUAUGUCGUUUAGUACUGAGUGCUGGCCAUUCAGAUAACUAAAAAUAGAUUAUUUUGUUAUAAUGUGAGAAUCACGUAUGUCAGACUAUUAUUGUUUUGUUAUUAAAUAUUUUGUCUUCGA